ACCUGGCAUGUGUCUGUGAUUACUAGCAAGUGUCCAUUCAGAGAUUUUGGAUGUUUCCUCAUUUAGGAAAUUCUCUGGAAGAUGCUUGUGAUCAAAAGCUGCACAAAACAAAGAGACAGAAGGACAGAAUUAAUGGACAGAAGAGAAGCAGGGUGAGUACGGAGUGGCUGCGGGCCCAGUCACGUGUUGCAGCUAAGAGUAGGAGGGAGAGAGAGAGACGUUUGUUUGGGGAGCUGGCAGCAUGGCUACCUCUGCCCUCUGGUCUGACUGGCCACAUAGACAAGGCUUCUAUCGUCAGACUCACACUGGACUACCUGCGUCUGAGAGCGCUGCUAGACCAUCGAGACAAUGUCACACCAGAGACCAGGGUCUGCUCUGACACAGUCCACUUCACCAUGCACGGCCGAUACCCAAUGGCUGGGAUUUUCUCUGUGGAGACUGUGCUGGAGUCUGCUGUUGGGGGUUUCAUGCUCUUGGUGUCUCAGAACGGCCAAGUUAUCUUCACUACAGGGGACAUAAGGACACACACUGGCAUCAACCAGAUGGAUCUGAUUGGUAGGAGUCUGUUUGACUUCAUGCACCACUGUGACCAGAGGGAAGUCAGAGAUAUCCUCUCAAAAAUGAUAGCUCCCGAGAGACAACAGCAGUGUGACUUCCUCCUCCGUGUGAAGAGCACUCUGACCUCUCAGGGUCGAGCUGUCAACCAAAGACACACACGAUGGAAGGUGAUUCACUGCGUUGGAGUUAAGAAACAAUCUCACCUUCCAGAGUCAGCCUGUCUUGUCCUAAUGUGCCGACCCUUACCCAUCUCACAAUGUAUCAUCAGGGAUGCCAGCUUGAAUCACAAGACCUUCCUGAGCGGACAUCACCCGGACAUGAGGUUCACCUACUGCCAUUCAGGUGUCAAGGAGCUGACUGGAUAUACAGAAACAGAACUUCUGGGCCAGUCUGUCUAUCAGUAUUACCACACAUCUGACUGCCAGCACAUUCACAAAGCACACCAGAGCUUGCUCUCUAAGGGACAGGCUACCAUGGGCAGGUACCGUCUGCUGCUGAAAGGUGGUGGGUAUGUGUGGGCAGAGACGGAUGCAUCGGUGGUGUACAACAACCAGACUGGGCAGCCCCAGAGUGUUGUCUGCAUCAACUACAUUCUAAGUGAGGUGGAGCUACCAGAGAUGGUGUUCUCACUGCAGCAAACAGAACCUCUACUGAGGCCCUGUUACUCUGAUCUUGUGGGGCCCAUCCUGCAGAAUGAGACCUAUCCUGCAGCAGAGACAGCUGUUCAUCUACUCAACACAAAAAUACCAACUCCAGAACACAACAAUGAGAUCCAAACCUAUGAGGGAUAUUCAGAGCUCAACCGAGAGGAUCAAAUGAACAUGAACUCACUCUCUGAACUAUGUGAGCUGGACCUGGACUCGUUGGCUCCAUACAUACCCAUGGAUGGAGAAGACUUCCUCCUCACUCCAGUUUUAGAUGGGAUCUUGGCCAUGAUAGAAGGUCCUGUUCUUCUACCUGUAUUGGAAGGCCAUUGUUCCUUGGGGAAGUCCCCUAUAUCUGCUGGUUCUUUCACCACACAUCAAAUGAAAACCUUGCAGAUAGAGCCCCCUUGUGACUCAGGGGCGUCACAUACAGUCAAAGAGUCAGAGUUCGGGGACCAUAUGAAGUCAGUCAAAAGAGGAGGCAGUGCUGUAUUCAAGGAGGGCCCUGACCAUGCCGGACUGGAGGGCCUUGUCCCGAACGAACAGUGGAGUGAGAAACACAAGUCCUGUAGACAUCCACAGGCACUUAUGGCUGCUGCUGCUAGGCUGCCUUACCGGACCGUGGAAUAUUUCCCCAUUCACCCACAAGAUGGAUCCACUUGCUUGUGUGGAUCACCUUCAAGGCAAGUGUUGUGGAAAUACACACAGCAGCCCAAAAUCCCAAGCACAGGCCCUCAGCCACCUUCCAAUCAUAUAGACGAGAUGUCAACAUGCCAUGUUCCUUUCAGCCUGCAAGUACUGAGCAGGCUGGACUGUGAGGUCACACUGGGGCCAACCAGCUGCCUGCUUCAGGGGUCAGAGAUCACCUCUGUCCUGGACCAGGCCCCCUCCAGAUUCUUACACAUGACAACAUGGGGCAUAAAUCAGCUCUCCACCCAAUAUGCCCAUCCUUGUUACGCACCCAGAUCAGCUAUUGAAGUCAGCUCUGGCACAUCGACAUCAUAUGCUGAAUGGAUAACAUGAACUUGAUUAUCCCACGAAUUGUGCCAAUCUCUCCUGAACUUGGCCUAUAUUGUGACUUUUACUGGCAAUUUAACUGACAAAUGUGGAUGCAUAGCCUAGUUAUUAAAUACAGCACUUAAUUACAAUGAUGAAUAUUAAAACUGUUGUCUUUGUUUUGUUUGCUGUACAGUGCCCAUACAAGUUACAAUCUAUUUGAGUUUUAUUAUCCACUCGGAUUCUGCAGGCAAAAACUGCCAUAUAUAGCUAGCUCUGUUAUACAAAGAUUCUCUGUUGUUUUUAAACCCCACUCCAUGGUGAAAGUUUCGGUGAAGGAAGUUUAUGAUGAACCUUUUUUCACCAUGGAGGGGCAUUUAGUCCGCUACGAUCGCAACUGUCUGGGAGAUGGGGACUAAUCCCACCUCAUGUUGUAUAAAUCCAAAGCAAUUUAACGUAGUUUUGGAAUGGUAUAUUCACUACAGUAGUAAACUGGUGCAAAUAAAUCGAAAAGCAAAGCAUAAUAGCAAAUUAUUAACGCACAUAAAAGUAUUUUCUUUGGAUAAAUGUGGAUAUUUUCCGCAAAUAUUCCAACCGACGAGGUGGCCGAGUGGUUAAGGCGAUGGACUGCUAAUCCAUUGUGCUCUGCACGCGUGGGUUCGAAUCCCAUCCUCGUCGACAUAUACAUUUUCUCCAUUACUUUUGCAAGUGUUGCGAUGAUCUAUUAGUCUUUACAAGAAUAACGGAGAAUUAUGAAUAAUAAGAGUAUUUGUAUUAUAAAGCAAGACAAGUGAAGGCUUUAUACAACCUGUUCAUAUAGUACUCUAAAUCUUUGCAUACUAUAACCAUUCUAAAUGUCCAUAUAAUGCAGAUAUCCGUAUAAUAUGGUAUUCAUAGGAAGUGUUACCAAAAUUGUGAAAAAGAAGAAUAUGUAUAUGAUAACCUAUUAUAGCACUAUUAUGUAUAGGCUGAGUAAAAGUCCUGAUGAUUGUGUUCAUGUUUAAUCUUAAAUGUUGAGAAGACACCCACAUUAUUUUGUUAGUGAAAGUGAUACAGUUUUUAAUCUGUAUGUCACAGUAGAAAACAUGCAAAUAGUCAUAUUUUACAAAUGUAGGCCUAGACACUAACUGCGUGGGGGCGCUAUUACCCAAUAAAAGGCAAAAGGAGGCAGAUUGAACUAUUUCUCUUGGUGUUGGGUAUAGAGAAAUUGUAACGGAGUAUUUUUGUAGCCACUAAAACAAGCUGACCAGACCUCACGCGCGCGUGCAUCCGCGUGUGCCAUCGCGCAUAUGUUGAUUUUGGCCCCCCACACCAGACCAACUAUAUUAACUUGGGGACAGGUGGAAAAGCAUUCAACAUUUAUGGCAAUUUAGCUAGCUAGUUUAUUGUUGCUAGGAAAAUUGUCCGGGAAUAUAAACAUUGGGUUGUUAUUUUACCUAAAAUGCACAAGACAAUUAAUCCACAGAUUAAAGGGUAACAAUUUGUUUUCUAGUAAUCUCUCCUUCUUCAGGCUUCUUCUUUGGACUUCAUAUGGUGGUUGGCAACCAAUUUAAGGUGCAUUACCACUAUAGACUGGUGUGUGGAGCUUAGUUCAUCUUUCAAUCACCCACGUGGGUAUAUGCUCCUAAAAACCAACGAGGAGAUGGGAGAGGUGGGACUUGCACCGCAUUAAGCUUCACAAAUAGAACCAAGAUCUAUUUUAGCGCCUGGCUACUCAGACGCUCGUUGAAUUGCGAGAGCAGUGUGGGUGCAAUGAUUGAAUAACAUGUAUGUGUACAUUUGGUUCGUUGGACAAAGCCUAUGGAGAAAUGAAUGGCCUUUUUGUAAGGCUUUGGAUAAACACUGAAAAUAAGGCGGUAAACACAGACUUAGGAGAUCUUAUUAUACAUUUGGUUCCAUGUGAUCAUUUUCAUCAGCCAACUUCACUUUUUAUGAAUGUCGAAGCAUAUAUGUUACAAAGAAAAGCACAUAAAGGCUUCAUAAUUCAUAAAGGACAUGUUAACUGACUGAUAUUAUCUCAUAGAACAACCAAGUAUAAGAUCUCCUAAGUCUAGACCUUAUAUUUGGUGUUGAUCCCCGAAACCCUAGUCUUUCCCCAUUCCUUUUCCCCAUAGAUAUGUCUGAA